AUGGCAGAAGACAGGACUCAGAGUCAAAUGUCCAAUGGAAAUACUGAUGAUACAUUUGAAAGAGAUUUGGAAGAAAUGCUGGAAGAUGGUCCAAAUAGUAAUACCAAUGACUUUGUUCCUAAAACCAUGACACAUUCGGCUCAUUCUAAAUUUGAAACUAUUAAAGAAUGGAGCUUGAAUACUUACAAAUGCACACGUCAAUUUCUGUCGGAACGUCUGGGAAAAGGAUCCAAAACAGUUGACGUGGAAAUGGAAGGACAGAUUGAAGCUUUAAGGGAUACACAGCGGAAAUACUCAAGAAUUCUAUUACUAGCCAGAGCAAUGACCAAUCAUUUUUAUCAUGUGGUUCAGACACAGCGUGCAAUGGGGGACACAUUCUCAGAAUUGGCCCAGAAAUCGCCGGAGUUGCAGGAAGAGUUUACCACCAAUUGUGAAUCUCAGCGAGCUUUGGUAAAAAAUGGAGAAACUCUUUUAGGCGCUUUAAAUUUUUUCACCUCUUCCAUCAACACAUUAUGUAAUAAAACAAUGGAGGAUACUUUACAGACUGUCAAACAUUAUGAAGUAGCAAGAUUAGAAUAUGAUGCAUAUAGAAGUGAUAUGGAUUACCUGUCUCAGUCCCCUAAAGAUUCCGCCAUGGUCCAGAAAUUAGAUGAUUCCAGAAGAAAAUUUGAAGAACACAAGUUAAAGUUUGAACGAUUAAGAGGAGAUGUAAACAUUAAACUGAAAUUUUUAGAAGAAAAUAAGGUUAAAGUCAUGCAUAAACAGUUACUAUUAUUUCAUAAUGCAAUAUCAGCUUAUUUUAGUGGCAAUGAAGCAGCUCUAGAGAAUACCCUGAAGCAGUUUAACAUUUCCCUUAAAAGACCCAAUGCUGAAAAGCCAUCCUGGAUCGAGCAAUAG